CACCGCACCCAGCCCGCCAGACUCGCCUUUGGCAGCAAACCUCAGUUCAGCCUUUGUUGCAAGGACACGACGUGGUCCAUUCUGCCCAAUACUAGCCCACACGCUCCUUGUCAUUUGAUCUGGGUACCGUGUGAAACGCUUCCCACUGCAUCGAGGCACCACAUAGCGCCGCAUUCGCGCCCGCCGCCAGUUUCAGAAACACCAAGGCCACCCCGUCGCCAUUAUGCCUGUGGUCCCCAGCGACAAGCUGGUCUCGCUCCAGCAGUCGCCCGAAGGCAUCAGAAACAUCUGCAUCCUCGCGCAUGUCGACCAUGGCAAAACCUCCCUCACCGACGCCCUCAUCGCCACCAACGGCAUCAUCUCCCCCAAGCUCGCCGGCAAGAUUAGGUUUCUAGACUCGAGACCGGACGAGCAGCUGCGCGGCAUCACCAUGGAGUCGUCGGCCAUCUCGCUGUACUUUUCGCUCUUGCGCCGCUCUGCCCCAGACGCGCAGCCCGAACACAAAGAGGUGCUCAUCAACUUGAUAGACUCGCCAGGCCAUGUAGACUUUAGCUACGAGGUCUCUACCGCAUCGCGUCUCUGUGAUGGCGCCGUCGUGCUCGUAGACGCCGUCGAAGGCGUAUGUAGUCAGACAGUGACCGUGCUGCGCCAGACAUGGAUCGAGAAGCUGAAGCCUUUGCUCGUCAUCAACAAAAUGGAUAGGCUAAUCACAGAACUGAAAAUGAGUCCAGCAGAAGCAUACACACACCUGAGCAAGCUGCUCGAACAGGUAAACGCCGUCAUGGGUAGCUUCUACCAAGGCGAGCGCAUGGAAGACGAUCUUCGCUGGCGCGAGAAGAUGGAAGAACGACUAACGGCAGUGGCUGCCGACAAGGCGGACACAAGACCAUCCACCAUGCUAGAAAACGGUGACAGCAUAGAUACCACCAGCACCCCGGCUGAGUACGAGGAAAAGGACGACCAAGACAUUUACUUUGCACCAGAGAAGAACAACGUCAUCUUCGGCAGUGCCAUUGAUGGCUGGGCCUUCACCGUGAAGCAGUUCGCGGGUCUCUACGAGCGGAAGCUAGGUAUCAAGCGCGCCGUGCUUGAAAAGGUACUGUGGGGCGACUUCUACCUAGAUCCCAAGACGAAACGAGUGCUCGGAUCCAAGCAUCUGAAGGGCCGACACCUCAAGCCCAUGUUCGUCCAGCUAGUUUUGGACAACAUAUGGGCUCUAUACGAGGCUACCACUGGAGGUAACAACGGGAAGGGAGAUCCCACAAUGGUCGAAAAGAUCACCAAGUCGCUCAGCCUCAAUCUCCCAGCGCACAUCCUUCGAUCGCGCGACCCGCGUGCGCUCUUGAUGGCGCUCUUUGCGGCUUGGCUUCCCCUUUCGACGGCACUCCUAGUGUCAGUCACCGAGUAUUUGCCUCCACCCUCGAAGGCGCAGGCUGAGAGGAUGCCCGAGAUCAUAGACACCUCACCAGGCGCUGAUUACGUUGCUCCCGAGGUCCGAGAUGCAAUGACCAGCUUCAAGACGGCCAAGGAUGCCCCUGUUGUUGCCUACGUGAGCAAGAUGAUUUCCGUACCCGAAAGCGAGCUGCCGCAGAACAAGCGCAGAGGUGGAGCUCUGACAGCCGAAGAGGCAAGAGACUUGGGCCGGAAGAAGCGAGCAGAAAUAGCACGACAGCAAGCCGUAGCAAAUGGCGAAAGUGCAGAUGUCGACAGUGUCACCGAAGCGCUCAGCUCUGCUGCCAUCGGCAAAACAGAGACGCCUGAAGAAGUAACACCAGAAGCAGGAGAAGAAGGAACGGAACAUUUGAUUGGCUUCGCUCGAAUCUUUUCGGGAACCCUGAGCGUUGGAGACGAGGUCUAUGUUCUUGGUCCCAAGUUCACGCCCGCGAACCCUCACGCUGCCCCAGAGCCGAAGAAGGUCAAAGUCACAGCGCUAUACCUAAUGAUGGGUCGUGGUCUAGAACCCCUAACAUCCGUACCCGCCGGGGUUGUCUUUGGGAUUGGUGGGCUUGAAGGGCACAUACUCAAGUCCGGCACACUCUGCUCACAAUUGCCUGGAUCUGUAAAUCUUGCUGGUGUUCAGAUGGGCACACAACCUAUCGUCCGCGUUGCGCUGGAGCCUGAGAAUCCCUACGAUCUAGACAAAAUGAUCAAGGGACUGAACCUGCUGGUGCAAAGCGACCCGUGUGCCGAGUACGAGCAGCUGCCGAGUGGAGAGCACGUCAUUCUCACAGCAGGCGAACUGCAUCUCGAGCGCUGUUUGAAGGAUCUUCGAGAGCGCUUCGCAAAGUGCGAGAUUCAGGCGGGCGAGCCCAUCGUACCAUACAGAGAAUCGAUCGUUGCUGCAGCCGAGAUGAACCCGCCCAAGGACCCGAACCUACCUCGAGGAACUGUCAUUGGCGAAACCGCAAGUAAACAUGUCUCCGUACGUCUACGAGUACGCCCGUUACCCUCCAGUGUGACCGACUUCCUCGGCAAAAACGCAGGCGCGAUCAAAAGACUAUAUUCAGAGAGAAGAGACGAGGAUGGAGGCCAUCCCCCAGGUGCCCAUGCACCGCACGAGGCUACUGGAGCCGAAGACGAUGGAAUCCAAGAGGCUGAGCAACGAGAGAUUGGGCAGAGUCUCGACUUUGCUGACUUCAAGAAGCAGCUGAAGGAGGCUUUUGCAGAAGCAAAGGGACAGAAGGAGAUAUGGACGGACGUGAUUGAGCAGAUUACAGCGUUUGGACCCAGAAGAAUAGGACCGAACAUCUUAGUAGAUGCAACAAAAGCUGGGAUAUGUGGCAAAGCGCUCCGGGAAUCUGCAUCCCCAGACCCUGACACCGAAACGCACUCGGAUCGCGCCAUCACUGCACAUACAUUUGCCUCGACAAUAGCCUAUGCCUUUCAGCUUGCAACAGCACAAGGUCCUUGCUGCGCAGAGCCCGUUCAGGGUGUGGCCGUCUUUCUCGAAGACGUGAUCCUCAAUAUACCUAACGACGAGUCAGCACAAGACCGUGGUCGGCUUACCGGCGAGGUCAUCAAAGCGGUCCGCUCGAGUAUCCAUCAAGGAUUCCUAGACUGGUCUCCAAGAAUGCUGCUGGCAAUGUACUCGUGUGAAAUUCAGGCGUCUACGGAUGUUUUGGGUAGGGUCUAUGCCGUGCUUACAAGAAGGAGGGGAACCAUACUUAGCGAGACGCUAUCCUCCACCUCCUCCGCCUCCACCACAGGAAAUCAAACAUUCACCAUCCUCGCCCACCUCCCUGUCGCCGAGUCCUUUGGCUUCUCGGAUGAAAUCCGUAAACGGUCGUCUGGCUCUGCUUCGCCGCAAUUACGCUUCGCGGGCUUUGAGAUGCUGGACGAAGAUCCAUUCUGGGUUCCGUUUACAGAGGAUGAGCUGGAGGACCUUGGGGAACUAGCAGACAAAGAGAAUGUAGCGAAGAGGUACGUAGACAAAGUCAGACGGAGGAAGGGGUUGCUCGUCAGGGAAGUGCUUGUUAGGGACGCAGAGAAACAGAAGACGCUUAAGCGGUAGGCUAGGGAGAAACUUCAAGUCUGAGAGGUCGUGUGGAGACAUGCAUGAAGAAGCCUUAAAAAAGUGGUUCGUGUCAAUUGAGAAUGAGUUGGUGAUGACAUGGAGGGGCACAUGCAACACGGGGCUAUGUGCGUAUAAAAUCUUUACCCAGGCUAUAACCUGCUCCUACUUCCUCAUAUACAUUGCUAGUCUUGAAUAGGGGAGUGUGAAGGACGAAUAGAUUAAUACGACGCCUCGACUCCUCCUAAUACACAACGAG